AUGAAUUCCCAGGAGCGCUGGGUCUCAAGACAACAAGACCCAAGAGCCGGCCCCGGCGUCUACGACCCGUCGCGAGUCCUCGAUCGUCUUCACGAACCUAGCAUCAUUCUGUCGUUGGCCAUCCUGCUCGUGUCCAUACUCUAUACCGCUUCGAUCAGCCUGCCAUCGUUUGCUCGAAUACUUUGGAACGGCCUGGUUACCGUCACGCCGGCGCGUCUGAUCUUUGCAGUCGACGGCUGGAUCAACCCCCCGCUGUUCCCUCGACCAGAGAUGUUAUCUCCCGCGGCGCAACCAUCUAGCCAUGCAGCCAAGAGCGAGGCACUGCGGAGGAUAUUAGGCGUGGAUUCAGGAGCGACUGGCUUGUUAGCAUCUGUAUCCCAGGUUGGGCGGCGCAUGCCUGGCUUUGGUGGUGGAGGAAUUGGAGGAGGGCCCUUGAAGAAAACUCAGGUUGCCCAGCCCGCUGGCCUAGGCAAUAUUAGCAACUCUUGCUAUCAGAACAGCAUCCUUCAGGGGCUGGCGGCCCUGAAACCGUUGCCCGCAUACUUGAACAUUCCCACAAACUCUAGAGGCUCCGAUUCUCGAGACAGCCCGGAAAAGGGCCCUGCGGCUACUCUGCGCGAUCUGAUCGCCCAGCUGAACGAUGCGGACAACAACGGCCGUACACUCUGGACGCCUGCCGUCCUCAAAAACAUGAGUACAUGGACGCAGCAAGACGCGUCGGAAUACUAUCACAAGCUACUUGACGAGGUCGACGAGGAAAUCACCAAGGCUGCGCAAUCUAUGCAGAAAACACCUGGACUGGAAAGCCUCGAGCCUUCUCCCUCGCCAGGCAAAGCCCCUUCUGAUGAUGGGUCUGCCGCCAGUUUGCAUAGUGAAGACAGCGGCUACCACAGCCUGUCCUCGGCCUCCAAGAUCAGCGUUGCAGGCAGCGAGACCCUCGCACCGCGGAACCCACUCCUGGGACUUCAGGCGCAGCGUGUGGCAUGUGUAUCGUGCGGCUGGUCUGAGGGCUUGUCCAUGAUACCAUUCAACAGCAUCACCCUCAGCCUGGGCAUGGGUAAUCAGAAUCACGACCUGUACGAGAGGCUCGAUGCUUAUACGAGCAUCGAAUCGAUACCGGGCGUCGAGUGUGGCAAGUGCACGCUGCUCAAGGCGCAGAGGCUUAUUAAUACGCUGAUCGAGAGGAGCCGUGCCGGCGGAAAAGAGCCGGGCGACAUCCCCGAAGCCUACGCUCGCAUCGCAGCCAUCAAUGAGGCACUGGAGGAGGACGACUUUGACGAAAAGACCAUUUCUGAGCGGUGCAAAAUUUCACAAAAGGUCAAUUCCAUGAAGACGAAGCAGCUUGUCAUAGCGCGCGCCCCUCAGAGCUUGGCCAUACACAUGAAUCGGUCUGUGUUUGACGAGAGGACGGGCCAACAGUACAAGAACUUUUCGCCGGUUCGCUUCCCUGCCAUUUUGGACCUUGGGCCUUGGUGUCUGGGUAGCGCAGAAGGUAGUGCUGCGGAUGUCAAGCAAGAUUUGAAAGUAUCUUCGCAAGAAAAGUCUUGCCAGAAUGAGCCCGGAACCAGCUCAUCAUCGGAAGGAGACGGCGAUUUUGAACGUUGGCUACUUGACCCAAAGAAGUCGAUGGUUGCCGGUGAUGGACAACCAUCGAGGAUCGUCGGGCCUAUAUAUGAGCUCAGGGCCGUCGUCACCCAUCAAGGCCGACAUGAGAAUGGCCACUACAUCUGCUACCGGAAACAUCCGCGACCUAGACGAGACCCGGAUAGUGGGAAACGUGAUGCCAGCGCGCCUCCAAACCUGUCCCCGGAUGGGGAGGGCAUUGACGACACAUGCAGUGACAGGAAGGCAGCACCAGCCCAGGCGAACGACCAGUCGAGCCUCUCGAACCUAGAGACCUUAACAGGUAACGCAGAUGUCGCACAGAACGGCACCCCCGACGAUGACCGAGGAGAAGAUGACGCCGGAUGGUGGAGACUGAGCGACCAAAACGUCGCCCGCGUUUCUGAAGAGGUUGUCAUGGCGCAAGGGGGCGUCUUUAUGCUCUUUUAUGACUGCGUCGACCCCAUUCCUGUGCUUACCUCGGAUGCUGAUGCCGACGCCGACGCCGACGCCGCAUCCGGGACGGCAACCAGCGCCCCCGAGCCUUUGAAUGACGACGGAGAAGUCAACGAGAGCGUCAGUUACAGGGCAGACUGA